AUGGAGGGGAAUGGAUUGUAUAAUGGCUACAGACUUAACAAAUGGGCUCCCACUGUCAGCCACAUUAUGUUUGCUGAUGUAAUGCUCUUUGGCACUAUCAACAAAAACACAAUAAAUUCUAUCUCGGCAAUUCUGCAGCAAUACUAUUGUGUUUCCGGGCAGGUGGUGAACCAUUCAAAAUCGCCUAUCUAUUUCAGCAAAAAGGUAGAUGAAGAUCAGCAAGAAGAAAUAUUUACAAUUCUGGGAGUGAGCAAAAUGAACAAGGAUGACAAGUAUCUUGGCGUGAAAAUUCUUCAACAAGGAAAUAGUGUGUCUAAUUUUGAGUUUCUCAUAGAUAAAUUUGAUAACAAACUGUCAGGGUGGAAAAGGAAAUCGAUAUCUCAUGCAGGGAGGCAUACUCUGAUUAUCUCAGUUCUGGCGCUCAUCCCAGUGUUUUACAUGGCAACCUCUAUAAUUCCAAAGACCAUUUUGAACAAGCUGACUCAAAUUAUCAGAGACUUCUGGUGGGACAUUCUAGGGAAUCAAGGAGGAUGCAUUUUCUUAAAUGAGAACGGUUUAAUAUGUCAAAGGAGAAAUGUGGACUUGGAAUCAGGAUUCUUUCCGAUUUGA